CACGCAGUGCAUCGAAUUGGCAAGCGAAAAGAAAACAAACACAGACCGAUCAUUGCUCGCUUCGUUUGCCGAGAAGACAGAGACCAAGUUUUUGCCAGGAAGAAGGGAAUUAAAGAGAGCACAAGGUUCAAGGACGCUUACAUAACCGCGGAUUAUGCAAAAGCUAUACAAGAUGAACGAAGGAAGCUAAUAAAGGCGAUGUUCAAGGCAAAGGAGCAAGGUUCAGAGGCCAAAGUGGUUGGUAGAUAUCUGUACAUAGGAGAACUAAAGUAUGAUGUAACAAAUAUCCCUGAGGAUUUUAAGUAG